UGUGAAUCAAAAGAAUUUAUAUUUUCAACUACUAUCGAUGGGAAAAUUAAGGCUUGGCCGUAUGAUAAUAUGGGCUCUAGGGUUGACUAUGAUGCUCCUGGGCUGUGGUGUACUACUAUGCUCUACAGUGCUGAUGGUAGUAGAUUGUUCUCCUGUGGGACUAGUAAAGAUGGGGACUCAUUCCUUGUUGAAUGGAAUGAAAGUGAAGGAGCUAUAAAGAGGAGUUAUAUUGGCUUCAGAAAGAAAUCUGCUGGUGUAGUGCAAUUUGAUACAACAAGAAAUCGCUUUUUGGCUGCUGGUGAAGAUAACCAGAUAAAAUUUUGGGAUAUGGACAACACCAAUGUGCUCACAAGUACUGAGGCCGAGGGUGGACUUCCGUGUCUUCCCUGGUUGAGAUUCAACAGGGAAGGAAAUUUGCUUAUAGUUACUACAGCUGACAAUGGACUUAAUGCAAAUGCUGAUGGUCUGAGAGCCUUUAAAGCAAUGGAAACAUGAACUUAUGAAACAUCCAAAGGAACCACUGAGAUGAAGGUUUCUAGUUCUGCUGUGGUUACAAGCAUCAGUCCAGUUAUUAGUAAAGUGGAAUGUGUAGACAAAAGCUCCCCUGUCAGGUCCACUCCUAUAAUUAAUGGAGUUGAAUCCAUAGCUACAGGCAUAGAAAAGCCAAGAAAUUUGGAGGAGGUAUCUGAUGAAGCCAAGCCUUGGGAACUGACUGAGAUUGUCAAUCUUGUUCAGUGUCGGGCUGUCACCAUGCCAGAAGGCACUGAUUCUGCUUGCAAGGCUGCUCGACUUCUUUACACAAAUUCUGGUGUUGGCAUUCUGGCCCUAGGGUCAAAUGGGGUUCAGAAGCUAUGGAAAUGGGGCCGCAGUGAACAGAAUCCUGGUGGAAAGGCCACUACCAGUGUUGUUCCACAACAUUGGCAUCCAAGCAAUGGUCUUCUUAUGACCAAUGAUGUCCCAGAGAAUUCAGAAGAAGCGGUUCCGUGCAUAGCACUCUCAAAGAAUGACUCAUAUGUCAUGUCUGCCUGUGGUGGGAAAGUUUCAUUGUUUAAUAUGAUGAACUUUAAGGUGAUGACUACAUUCAUGCAACCUCCACCAGCUUCAACCUUCCUAGCAUUUCAUCCUCAAGACAAUAACAUCAUAGCAGUUGGAAUGGAAGACUCAACCAUCCAAAUCUACAAUGUCAGGGUGGAUGAGGUCAAAACAAAAUUAAAGGGUCACCAAAAGCGCAUUACUGGUUUGGCAUUUUCCACCAGUCUUAAUAUCCUGGUCUCAUCAGGGGCUGAUGCUCAGGUUAUCUUUUGGAACACUGAUACAUGGGAAAAGAGGAAAUCAGUUACAAUUCAACUGCCUGCUGGAAAGGCACCUAUUGGUGACACUAGAGUGCAAUUUCACUCCAAUCAAGUCUGUCUGUUGGUAUGCCAUGAGACUCAGCUAGCUCUAUAUGAUGCAGCGAAGAUGGAACGCAUUCGACAGUGGGUGCCACAAGACGUACUUUCUUCGCCCAUUUCUUGUGCUGUAUAUUCCUGCAACAGCCAACUAAUUUAUGCUACUUUCACUGAUGGUAACAUUGGAGUAUUUGAUGCUGAUAGCCUAAGGCUAAGAUGUCGUAUAGCCCCAUCAGCAUACAUAUCCCAGGCAUCAUCGAACAGCCAAACUGUGUACCCAUUAGUUGUAGCAGCGCACCCCCAGGAGCCAAAUCAAUUGGGUGUUGGGCUCACUGAUGGAUCCAUUAAAGUAAUAGAACCUUCAGAGACCGAAAGGAAGUGGGGAGUUGCAGUGCCUGUUGACAAUGGAACAGAGAACAGCAGGACAGCUACAUCAUCUGCUACUAACAAUCCCACUCCAGAGCAGCUCCAAUGAUAAAACUGCAUCUUUUUUAUUUGUAUAUUAUCAUGUACCAUAGUAGGUUGGUCUUUCAUAGAUUUCUAGUCAAAUGUGUGAGUCAAGGAAAAGAAUUAGUUAGAGUGCGAUAAUUUCAUGUAUAUUAUACAUUGAUUUCUCAGAUAAAUGCGAUAUCUUAUUAUUUCUUCAAGUA